UUCAGUAGUACCUCCUUCUCCUUCUCUUCCCAUAUUCAAAGGUGUUACACCUCUCUUUCUCUGUUUUUGCCCACCUAUAUCCUCACUUAUCGACCCACUUAAAUUUAUCUAGUACCCAAGAAGAAAAAAAACUACUUCAACUGAUCGUAGUGACAGUGGUUGUUGUAGAGUAAUUGUUCACUCUCCUUCCCUGCCUGUCGCCAUUUCUGCAACCAAAUCUCGACAGAUCAAAUGGCAUCCAGCUCCCUUUCUGGCUCGAAUUGGACUCCCAGGCAAAACAAGUUGUUUGAGGAGGCAUUGGCUAGGCAUGACAGGGACACCCCCGACCGCUGGCACAAUAUUGCCAGGGAAGUGGGUGGUGGGAAGACAGCAGAGGAAGUGAGGAGACAUUAUGAGUCCCUCGAACAUGACGUCAGGAGUAUCGAAUCUGGCCAAGUGGCUAUUCCCAAUUACAGGAACACUGGAGGGAGCAGGAGCUAAGGCAACAACAACAUUGGUAAUGAAGAGGAGAGGCUGAAGUAUUUCAAGCUCUAUUGAAGUGAAUCUGCUGCAAUAAGGAUCCAUAAACCCGCUACUCUACAAAAAGCAGAUGUAGUAAUAGAGAAUCAACUUCUGUGAUUCUUCCUACUAUUCCUUCUGCUUCUUAUUUUUCCUCUUUUUUCAAGCGUAAUCGAUUUCCUUUAGGCUAAUAUGAAUGUAAGAUGUAGUUUCUAUUUCCUCCUCUCUCUUCAUGCUGUAACGCUCUAAUGCUGUAAUGGAUUCCAGAAUAUAUAAAUGCAUUAUCUAUUGUGUGUAA